UGCCAGUAGAACUCUCCCUCCCUGCACCGAAGGAAGAGCCUGACCCUCCUGGAAGGAGCAGUUUCCUGCAGCUGAAAUCUGACUGCAGAAGCGUGGGAGAAAUCUACUGUUCCUUGAGCAGCCUGGCUGUUUAUGCAUGGCGUGUUUGCGUUCCCUGGCAGCGGUGCUGCAGGCACAGACCUUGUGCUUGGGGAAAUGCAGCUGAGUUGCUCAGAAAAAGAACAGACUUUUCAGUUAGUCUUUAACUUGGGUUUCCAUCUGUGCCUUGUGCGAGUGUGUUGUAGGCAUGCGCCCACUUGCUUUCUUGCCCAGGACCAGGAUGAUGACUUGAGGAGGUGCUGGUAGGGUUAACAGUGGGGUGAAGAAGGGGAUACAUGCCACCUGGUCAAGGAUUGCCAGGGCAUCCUCUUUCUAAAGGAGGCUGCAGCACUGUCUGCUGUUUAUUUCUCCCUUCCUGGCUCUGGGGAGAUGGCAUGCAAGCUGGAGCCAGCAAACGUGCAUGGGAAGAGGCAAGGCAGAGGGGGAAGUUUGGCUCGUUCAAAGGGAAAACAUUAUUUUUUUUUUUUGUUCCACAUAAAAACCAGGCAGAAAUAACUCCCGAUACUGCUUUUUUCAGCAGGGAUUGUUGCUAUCUUUCCUUCCAAGGUAAGAGCUGUCUGCUGUGGAUUGCUUGUGAUGCUUUCAGGAGCAGUGGGAGUUGAGCCAUGUCCCUGCAAGCUGUGUGCGAGCAGGCAUGUGUGCGGAGAGGGCAGCAUCCCUGGCUUGCUCUGUGGCACAGGUGUAACGCAGAGAACACGCUGCAGAGCAUGUCCAGGCUGGGCUUUGGAGAUGCUGCUCAGCAGUGCUGUUGUGGAGGAGGGCAAUUGUGAUUGCCACGGUCAGGGUAUGGCUGUGUCCACAUCUCAUCUGACCCUGCUUGGUUCAGUUUCUUCUUGCUACCCCUAAAGUCCCUUUUAAAGGGUGACAGGCUUUUGGUCAAAUGAGAUUUUGCCAGCAUCUGAUCUGCCUUUUGUGCUCUCAUGUAGCACAUUUUUCUGCCUUCUUAGUUUCAGUAUUUCCCUGUUUCUGGAGCAGGUAGAAGCCUGUGGCACACAGAUAGCCUUCCUGGCUCGAGGAAAGCUGGGGUGGUACUGGACGCAACACUGUUCCUUUUUUAAAAGGAAAGAGGCUGGCCUCAGCAAGGGAGCUGAGCUUCUUUGGAACACUCAACUUUGCUUUUAAAGAUGUAUUUGCAAAAGCCUGGAAGCUGAAAUUUGUGUCUGUUUGAUGUGCAACGAAGCUGGAAGUGGUCAUAGCCUUUUAUUUAUUAAUUUAAUUUUAGUGUGUUUUUUCCUCUUCUAAAUAUCGGAAGUUAUUUUUUGUGGAGGAAGAGCUCCAAAAAUGUGCUUUUGAAGUGCCAACAUCACUGAACAUGGUUCGGUAUGAACAAAUCCUGCUUCCUGUCUCAGUGGCUGGAGCCACUGCUCAUGUAGGCAAAACAAAGCUGAAUCACCAUGGGUAUCCAGUUAUCAAUUGCAGGAGGAGCAAGGACAACACAUGCUGUGUUUCUGCUUGUGGGAGUGGAUCUCAGCUGCGCUGUGAGGCUGACUCGGAGCUGCACGGGGCCAGCACUGCGCCAUCAGGGUUUGCGCAUUCAGUGGGGUGAGCCGGCUUCCAACCUCUGCUGCUCAGAAUAAUUGUUUUUCUUAGCUGUGUCGAGGCCUCCGAGCUCCUUGUUGCAAGGAAGAGGACAGAGCUGCCCUGAGCCAUGUCCAAUGACCCUCCGCCACCCUACCCAGGAGGCCCCUCAGCACCACUGAUAGAGGAGAAGCAUGGACCGCCCACCGCAGCAGAUGGUGUCAACCCUGUUGUGGGACAGCCCCAGGGGGUUCCCAUCCCCCCUCCUGAAUUUGGGCCCCCCCCAUACGAGCCACCCUCGCAGCCGGGGUUUGUGCCCCCCCACAUGCCCUCAGACGGCUCUGGGCCCUAUGUGCCGCCUGCAGGUUAUUACCCACCCCCAGGCCCUCACCCUGCCAUGGGCUACUACCCUGCCCCCAGCCACUACCCCUCUCCUGGCGGCCACACGGCGACAGUCCUCGUCCCAUCAGGGACUGCCACCACAGUGACAGUGCUGCAGGGAGAGAUCUUCCAGGCUGCCCCUGUGCAGACAGUGUGUCCCCACUGCCAGCAAGCCAUCACCACCAAGAUCACCUAUGAGAUUGGGCUCAUGAGCUUCCUUCUUGGCUUCUUCUGCUGCUUCGUGGGGUGUGAUCUCUGCUGCUGCCUGAUCCCCUGCCUGUUUGAUGACUUCAAAGAUGUGACACACACAUGUCCCAACUGCAAGGCCUAUAUCUACACGUACAAGCGCAUGUGCUAACAGCACUCUGGGAGCCUGAGCCACUGGAAUGACACCAGCCCCUCUCCUGCUGCCAUCCUAGUCUUAUGCGUGUGCAUUGCUCCUUUGCUUCAUCCUCCGGCGGUGCGUAUGCGUGUAUCCCUGGCUCCCUCCCACUCAGAGCUGCACCCACCUUCCCUGGGCUCUGUGAACAGUUGGAUUGGAAACGCUGGUGUGGGCACACAGGGGAGGUAGGCCCAGGCCCCAGGUGCUCUGUGUGGGGCUGCCGUACAGGAGCAGGGGGCAUCCCUCUGCACCUCCUUAUGCACCAGGGCACUAGUGAAGCCCCACUCACCUGGAGCCACUUGGGGAAGAGCAGGAGCUGCUGCAGGCAGGGGGGCACUGGCUGCCCAGGAGGGGAAGGGGUGGGCCCUGAGCAGCCUGCAGUGUGCACAGGGGAGGCAGCAUGGCCCUUGUGGCACUUUUAGGAGGAUGCCCAGUGGUAGCUCUGGGUCAAGGAGACAGAGAAGGUAGGGCUAUACAUGCCAGGUUUCAGGGUGCAGCCUGUAGGCAAAGCCCCCUCCCAAGGAGCGGCAGGCAGACCCACUACCAAGCCCUGUGUGUGGGGUGGGGUGGGUGGGUGGACACGGCAGCAGCACUACACCCUUAAUCAGUAUCUCCGUCCUGCCAGAGCAGCCACCAGCGUCUGGUGGCCAUGGAUACUCCAGCUGCAUGCACCACCUCUCAGCCCCUGCUAUGGCCCUUUUGGGGAAGAAAAGCCCUGGCAGUUCCUCACCCACCCAGCAAAUUGUUAGCAGAAAAAAAAAAAAUGCAUCUGGCAUGGCGCUCCCUGCUCUGGCACUGUAGAUUAGAGGCAUUUGUUACCAGGCCACAGCUGGCACUCAGCUCUGGAGCAGACCCAUGUCCACCUGCUGCAGAGCCACGUCCUGAGCCUGGCAGGGUCUGCAAGUGCACAGCGCACACCCUGCAGCACCAUACAGCCACCACCACGGCUGCACCUUGUGGGGGUCUCUGUUGCAUGUGUGUGUAGGGGUUUACUUUUAGCUCACAUGAUACUGGGCAGAAGGAAGCAGGUAGUAAUGGGAACUGCCAGCAGCACUAGGCCAGACAAGGGCAAGAGCACCUAGGAGUCAUUUUCUGCAUCUCUGUGUCUGCACCUCCUCCUCCCACCCCUGGCCCCCAGCCCGUGCAGACAGGGCAGCUGGAGCGUGCAGCCCCCAGAGCAAAGCAGGGAUUCUCUCAGGACACAGGUCUGUAAAUACAGCCUGGCCUGCACAGGCAGCUGCUGUUUGCUCAGAGGUAGAACCAUGGCACUAGUCAGUGUUUUUAUGUAAAUAAAUAACAGACCCUGAA